GGAAUUUGAAGUUGGAUAGAAACGUGUAUCUUCUCUUAGCUGUAGACGUGGCAUCAUUGUGCGUUCUCUUCCGUUUCGCAGUUUAGAAAUUAGUUUUUUUAGCAUAUUUAAGUCGACGUCUAGUCGCGCCUAGAGUGAGCUCUCGAGCUCAUGGCAGACAGACGGCUUUCCGAGUCGUCUCGAUGCUCUGCUGAGCAGACCUUAGAAGUGACCAAAUCUCGCGAAAUGUCGGCACGUGAGUCAUCCUCUGUUGGCAGUGCAGAUGUGACUGCAAAAGGUUUGUCGACGACCGAGCUAGAUGCCUCUUCCAACAAAAACAGCAGUGAAGAGAGUCGCGGGACUGGCGAGGUGUCAGCAAUUAAUUCAACUACCGUGAUGGUAGGCUCACAUAACGUCAGUAAUCAUUAUCAUUGCGACAACAGCGUAGUAGAUUCUCCUCACAAAUACCCAGCAACAGAGUUCUCAUCAAGUACACCAUCUUGUAGACGACCAAGUACAUCUGAAGUCUAUGAUAAUUAUGAGCCAUCAGCAAAACGAGCUCUGUUGACUCAGGAAGAAGUCUUAUAUAGCUUUCAAGGAGUGACCUUUAAGCCAGAAUCUGGUCCUCUUGUGUUAUUUCAAUUUAAUAAGACUACAGGUACUAAAGAUCCUGAGAGCUGCUUCUUCACAACGUCAAAAGCUGAGAAGAAGUUUGGUGAAAGUUUCCAUGAUGAAACAAUGCACCAAGUGGAUUUGCCUACUUUUCGUACCCUAGAAACAGAAGCAGGACAAUUGUUUACACAGGUCAAUGAGCGUAAACGUCUUAGCAACAUCAGAAUGGGGCAAAAACUUCAAAAGCUUGCCCUUAUGCGAGAUGUCCAUAAGUCCAUAACAACCUACAUGUCCAUCUUAACAAAAAAGAAGAUAAGCAAAGAACAAUCAAAGUUACUUGCAGAAGUCAAUGGGACCAUCAUUGGAUGGUUAGAUGGUGACAAGCAGAAAUACUGCCGUCACCAAAUGCCAUGUAAAGUCCAACAAUCAAGAGACGGCACCCUAACAUACAUUUGCCAAAAAGAAAAAGAGAACGAUGGCUGUAAACAUGUAAGGCACUGUUGGAUGUCUUUUUAUGAAAAGGAAAAUCCACAACAGUAGCACAACACUUGAACAGCAAUUCCCCAAACUUGAUUUUCCUAUAUUUUAGCUACAUCAAUAGACAGUAUUCUGUAACACCCUCUAGCAGCAAGGCACUGUGAUUAGUUUGCUUAUUUUUAGCAAUAGCAGCUGAUUGCUAAUUUAUAUUAAACAUAAAUCUGUCU